AUGAAUAUGCCCUUGCAAAGCGAUGGAACGGUCUUCUUCAACGCCACUCUCUUCGCUUUGGUUCGACGCAAUUUACGUAUCAAAGUUCCCGAAGAUGACGAGAAAGAAAAGUCAUUGGAUCAACUGAAUGAGGAGCUUCGAAUCGUGAUCAAGAAGAUAUGGAAGCGAACCAGUCCCAAGCUUCUGGAUCAAAUUCUUCCACCCAAAGAGCUGGACGUAGUGACGGUGGGCAAAUUCUACGCUACCUUUCUCAUUCAAAAUUGGUUCCGUGAAUGGCAGAAGAGAAAAAUGAUUCAAAAGGACACUCGCUAUAUCCCUCAAAUUCUGGCUGGCGAUCGCUCGAUGCCGCAUCAACCGACAAUAGUGGGAUUCCCUCGUCGUUGCUCUUCCGAUCUCACUGGCGACGAUAUCCAACGUAGAAAGGGUGAAAAAACACCUGUAAAGUACAUUCGCUUGUUUAUCUGUGUCAACCUCUUUGUCACGCAAGACAAAUUUUAUCAAGACCAAUCACUCAGAGGUAGAAAUUCCCCCUCUUGCAAGACGGCGAAAGACCAUGUCAACGAGAAGACUGCACUAGACUUGGAGCGCGACGUGAUUCCGGGCGGAGGUAUUCUCGGUCGAACUCUAACAGACUGGACACGGAAGCGAGGCAAGAAACACAUCUCCUCGGGUCAUCGAGAUAUCACUGAGGACGUCAGCGAAUUGCGAAAGCGCCAGUUGCAGGCCGGCGGAGGUGCGGGUGGUGCCGGUGCCAGUGUUGGUGGUGGUGGACCCAAUGGACUGCCACAACCGGGUGGCCAAAUGCCCGCAAUUCAAGUGACUGCCGCCCAUCCCGCGGUCAUUGCAGUAGCCACUCUCGGUGAUAAAAAAAUCAAAACCACAAUUCCGGCACCCAGUGCAGAGGAGAAGGGUGGUGGAGGAAUCAUGGGUCUUAUUCGACGUGGCAGUUCCUACCUACGUCGAAAAGGGGCGGAAGAACAGCAACAAAGGCAAAAGGAGGAGAGGAAAGAGGAUUUGGAAAUCGCUCGAUCGAUGUUUGCUGCUGCUCGCAGAGAAUCCUACUAUGCCCAUCGGGCCGACUAG